CUGUUUGAUAUUGUCUGCUUCACAGAUCAACAUGAAGAACUUCACUGAAAAUACUUUCUGGGCAAAAACGAAGGAGGACAAGUUGGAAAAACCUGGUUUGUUUGACGAACUGACGAAAACGUUCGCUGCCAAAAGUGCUCCGAAGAAGAAAGAAGAUGGAGAAGGGCUGGAGAAGAAAGCAGCUGCCAAGAAAAAGGGCAAAGAUUUGAAGGUCAUUGACCCAAAGAGCGCUCAAAACUUAUCAAUUUUCCUCGGCUCGCUUAAAUUACCACACACGGAGGUUAAGAAGUUAAUCUUAAAAUGUGAUCAGGUGGUUUUGACAGAAAGCGCCAUCAACUCCUUGCUGAAGUAUCUUCCAUCACCAGAACAGAUGCAACAACUUGGCAAUAUGAAGGAUAACUUGGAUGAUCUGAGUGAUCCUGAACAGUUUGCCUGCAUGCUUAGCGGCAUUAAAAAGUUGGAACAAAGAUUAAACAUGAUUCUAUUCAAGAUGAAGUUUCCUGAAGACAUGCAGGACAUAAAACCAAACGUUGUAAAUGCGACAGCGGCUUGCAGGGAAGUAAAGACCAGCCCGAAAUUCUCCAAGUUUCUCGAACUUGUGCUCCUUAUGGGUAAUUACAUGAACUCUGGCUCACGAAACGAGGGCUCAAUGGGAUUUGAGAUGAACUAUCUCACUAAACUGAGUUCAACCAAGUCCAUGGACGGCCAGUUAACAUUGGUUCAUUUUCUUGAAGACAUCAUAGAAACUAAAUAUCCCGAGAUUUCAGGAUUUGAAAACGAGUUGACUCACGUGGAGCAAGCUGCAAGAGUGUCAGAUGAAAUUCUGCAAAAGUCGAUUAACACAAUGCAGGGAAACCUGAAGAAACUUGAAAAAGAACUGGAAAUAUACAAACCGCUUAACGAUCCUGACGAUCAGUUUCUACCUGUUAUGAAGAGUUUCUACAGCAGCGCCAAAGACCAAGUCGAUGUUCUGGUCGAGAUGCAUAAAAACAUGACCACCAUGUACAAGGAACUGGUUGAGUAUUUCUGCUUGGACGUCAAGAAGACCACCAUGGAAGAGUUCUUUGGUGACAUCAAAACUUUCCUGGACUUCUUUGAGAAAGCCAAAAAGGACAACGCCAAGCGGAAAGAAAAAGAAGAAAAAGAUAGAAAAGCCAAGGAGCGAGCGGAAAAGGAAAAAGAAAGAAAGAAGCGAAUGGAGGCUGAAAAAUCCAAACGAAAACCUGUUGUGGACAUGAAUGCUGAUGAUGAUCAAGAGGGGGUGUUAGACGGCCUCAUGGAGGCGCUCAACACUGGAUCAGCAUUCAGGGAUCCUACCAGACCCGCACGAAAAAAGGCGGGUGGCAAGAAAGCUCGCCCUGUGGAUUUGCGUCGAUCACGGACUCGCACGAAUAUACCAAUACAGAAAAUAAUGGAAGCGCAGAACGCGAUCGAUCAGCAGCAUAACGCGGUAGAUAUCAAAAUCGAUGAUGAUGGCAAUCAACCCGCCGCUCCCUCCAGGCGGAGGAGAGAUGCCAAACGUGGAGGUGAUAAGACCGAAGAGGAACUCGAAGACGAAGCGCAGGACAUUUUGGAAAGACUAAAGAAGUUAUGAGCAUUACAAGACUAGGUAGUUCCCUAGCACGUGUAGUCCUGUGUAUUUGUUGUGUCAAUUCAAGUAGAACCAGUAACAACAAUGGCGACACCAACAACAUCAGCAACAACAAAAUCAUGAACAACAGAAGGUGCUAACCCAAAAAGAGCUCGUUGCGUGUGAUUUGGAGUAAACUGCAAAUAAUGAUGCGCGAGUCGACCGAAAUAAGAAUGGAUAGUUUGAUCACUCAGUUUUGGGUAAAAUUUGUAGUAGACACUCGUCGAAACGACCUUGGGGAAAAAAAACUUAGAGUAAUAGAAAUAUUAAAGAAGCUCGCUAGUUCUCGUGAAAACACGAAAAUAUCGUUUAGACUAAGACUCGAACACCGUAGCAAAGUCGACUGCACUGCGGCAGAUGAAUUAAGUCAAUAAAUAACCUGAUUACAGGUAAUUCACGAUAUGUACUAUACCUCAGGCCCCAUUCACACUACGCCGGAGAAAUUUAAAAACGGAACUUUUCGAAACGCUCUUCAAACCGGAGUAAUUUGAAAACGCCU